AUGCGCUUGAUCAAACGCCAUCUCGACGAUGACGGCAGUGGUAGUGUCACGUUAUGCCCGGAAGAACCUGAGGAUAUGUGGCAUGCUUACAACCUGAUACGACCUAGAGACCUCCUUACCGCGUCGGCAAUACGCCGAGUAACCACGGAAUCGUCCUCCACCGGCUCUACCGCCUCCCAACGGGUUCACACCAAUCUUACGGUUCGAGUCAAGUCAGUUGAUUUCGAUCCCCAAGCUGGACAGUUGCAUGUCUCUGGCCAGAUCUCCAGGGAAAAUCGGUACACAAAGAUCGGACAGUUUCAUACCCUCGACCUCGAGUUGCAACGCAACUUCACCCUUGAAAAACAAGUGGAGGGAAGCGAUGGCGGAGAAGGCUGGGACAGUGUUGCUCGCGCGCAACUCGAAGAGGCAAUCGAUCCGGCAAGAGGCACUGAAGCAGUUGCAGUCGUUAUGCAGGAAGGCCUUGCGAAUAUAUGUUUCAUCACUCAACACAUGACUGUCCUAAGGCAGAGGAUCGAUGUCUCGGUUCCUCGAAAACGGACAGGUGCCGGAAGAUCUACGGAUCAUGAUAAAGGCCUGGAGAAGUUUUUUGCAACGGUAUUGGACACGCUAAUGAGGCAACUGGAAGGUCUCAUGGAAGGCAAAGACAGCAGCACAAAUUUCCCUAUUUUGCUGGCAAGCCCUGGAUUCACUGCUUCCGGCUUCCUGAAAUAUAUCAACGACACUGCGGCCUCCAAAGGUAGCAAGCUUCUACAGGACAUGGCCAAGCGGAAGGCAUUUGUUGUGGUCCACAGUAGCUCCGGUCAUCUGCACAGUCUCAACGAAGUACUCAACAGCCCAGAAGUUUUGGCAAGACUUAAAGAUACCAAGUACGCAAGAGAGACCGCGUUGAUGGACGGUUUUUUUGCCAUGCUACGAAAGGACGAUGGCCGGGCGUGGUAUGGGCCGAAGGAAGUUGAGACAGCCGUGGAGAAGGGAGCGGUAGGUCGAGGCGGUGGAGUCCUCCUCAUCAGCCAUUCAUUAUUUAGAAGUCAAGAUAUAGCUACCAGGAGACGAUGGGUCAGACUGGUAGACCGGGUAAGGGAGGUCGAAGGCGGCGAGGUGAGGGUUCUCAGCAGUGACCAUGAGAGUGGGAAACGGCUGGAAGGGCUCGGUGGCAUCGCGGCUAUACUGACUUUUCCCAUCGAAGAGAUGGACUUUGAUGGUGAGGAGUCUGAUCAUCCCGAUAAUGGUAGUGAAGCAUCAUGA